AUGCCAAAUACUCAGCAAAGUCAUUUCAGAGUCGUCAAGAAGUGUUCAAAAGCAUCGUUGGAGAGGCGACAAGAAGGAGUUCCGUCUCCCGGAUCACUAGGAAACGGACCAAGAUCCCGGCCGAGACAUUCUUCCGUUUCCGAUUAUGGUAUGACGACUGUGCUUGCUCAGGAUACAUCUGCGGUAGAAGCCGAUGGGGACUUGACCCUCGGAACACCAGAUGACAAUGUUGAGAACGGUGAGCAAAGUCAAACAAACGACGUACUUGAGCCUGCUUUCCGCCAGAAUCCACUUGUCGACAAUGACUAUGUCUUUGGCCAAGCCUUCGGACGAUAUUGGUAUAUGGGCCCUGCCUCAUCCUGGGCAUUCUGUAGAAGAGUCCUAACUCUUGUUGGAAAACAUCUUCCAGAAGCAAACAACGAUCCGCCGCCAUGGCAUCUUGACGGAGUCGCAUUCCGUCUCCAAUGGAGACCUCUGAUGCCCGAGGAACACCCUGACAUCUCUAAUCUACCACCGUCAGACUAUGCAUUCUUUCUUGUACAAACUGCAAGAUUCUACCUCGGUCCGUUGGCAAGUCUUAUUGACGAAACUGAGUUCCUUCAACACUUUAAAGAACUUUACCAGGAUGCUUCAACCAAGGCGACGUCAUGUAAGCUGUGGUAUGCACAAUAUUUGCUAAUGAUAGCAUUUGGAAAGGCGUUCCUCGGUGGAAAGAGUGCUGAUGGAACACCCCCGGGUUAUCAGUAUGCUGCUAGGGCCAUGCCUCUUAUGCCCGAGUUGGCGGGGAUUGCUUUAGAUCCCAUCCUGUCAGCACAGGCACUAACACUGGCAGCAAUAUACUUUCAGUCAAUUGAUAUGAGAGUGGCGGCAUAUCAGCAUAUCGGACAAGCUCUUCGUAUCUGCGUUCUGUCUGGUUUCCAUAGACACAUGCCAGAAGAGGUUGUUGGAGCACAACAUUCAAAACGAUGUCACAUUAUCUUCUGGGUAGUCUACAUGUUGGAUCAAGAGUUUGCGGCUCUUAUUGGCGCCACUAGUGCCAUAAGGGAUGAAGACAUUACCAACAAGCUACCUUCCCAGGCUGACAAUUCAUUAACGUCUCUGAGUCUAGCUCUCCAUGUUCAGCUGGCGCGUCUCAUAGCACGUCUUCUAGGAACGGUAUAUGGAGUUGGCAAAGAUUAUGACGGUACUCUUUUCAGCAAUACUCAGUCUAUACUGAGGAACUUGGCUGAGCUGAAUCGUGAUCUUAUUCACAUCAUCAACAAGCAUUUCCGCGAUUCAAUCAGCAAAGCUUCGAGAAUCGCCACCAGAUUACUACUCCAAUAUCAUCACUGUGUCGUCCUUACAACAAGACCACAAAUCAUGUGCGCUCUACAUAUGCACAUUGAACAGUCCAAGACACAAAUGACACGCGGUUUAUCACUAUCACCGCCAGUUGCAUCAUUAAUUCAAUCGUGUGUCAGUUCUGCACAAUCGAUCCUCAAGACUCUACGUGCUCUCGCAGACGAAGAUCUUAUUGAGGCAUUCCUGCCUUUUCAAAUCGAGUACGCCUCUUCAUCAGCAUUUCUCUUGCAUCUGAUCCCUAUCAUCUGCCCUUCCCUCCUCUCGGACAAUUCAUGGAGAGAUGAUGCCCGAUACGUUUUCGAUACUCUCAUCGCCAAGGGAAGCCUGAUUGCUCCCCUAAGAAAAGUGGAGUUGGCGCAGCUGGAACAGAAGCUUUCAGCGUUGACACCAGCCAGCAAUAUUGUCUCUCCAGAGAUUUCUACGGAGCCUGAAGAGAAUGGAGACCAAGAAGAGAAUGAAGGUCAACACGCCGAUGAGCAUCUCGCUGACGAAACUGGAUGGGAUCUCUUCGCCGCUAAUGCCAUGGCUGGACUCACCCCAGGCGAGCUGCUUGAUCUUGCAGAACAGUUGGACGUGGACAACUUUCUAUAUGAGCCUGAGAUAGAAUAA